CAUGGCUAGGACACUGCUGCUGAACAGAAACUUCUUGACUGUUAAGAAAACUAUUCCACUUAUGUGAUCUUUCUGCUACCUCUUCCUAAACCAAACAAAUGGAAUCAUUUAAACAUUAAAGCAUACUACAUCAUGAAAGCAUCGUAUAAUUGGUAGAUCUGUUCCUUAACUUCCUUUUUAUCAGAAUAAAGAAAUGAAUAUUUUCCAUGAUUUUUCUCAUUCUUAAUGUUUUCCAUCAUAUAUGGACUCUUUCAUGCGAUAUCUUUGAAGUUUUUGUUCAGCAGCAGCAGUGUCCAGAUUUUUUGCACUUGUUUUGCACAACGCAACAGGUAGAUGUUUUACAUAGUUUAGCACUCUGUGAAUUAUUGGGACAUACAUAUUUCAUUCUUUAGGUAUGGAACACGCUGGUGAAUCAGAAAAGCAAAAAAAAUCAAGGAUAAGUUGGAAAAAUAUCAAUGUGGUGAAAACAUUUCUUGAGACUUGUAUACAUGAGAUUUCUGUAAACGGGCGGGAAGGUAGUAGUCUGAAAGCACUUUCGUGGAAGAAAGUUGCUGACGUUUUGAAGGGGACUCAUAACUUUUCUGUUGACCGAAAGCAAAUGAAAAAUCAUUACGAUUAUCUUAAAGGAAAAUAUGGAGCCUGGUUACUACUCAAAAAUAAAACAGGCAAUGUGUAUGAUCCGUCCACCAACACAUUUAAUCUUACGCCCGAGGAAUGGGAGAUUGAAAUUAAGAAAAAUAAGUACAUUGAAACUUUGAGGACUACAUCGCUUCCAUUUCCUGAACUUUGUGCACAACUAUUUGAUGGGUCUGUUGCAACGGGCGUUGACAGUUGGGGACCAACUUCAGUUGAACCUAUCCCACAUGGACAUACUUCAUCUGAUGGUCCAAUUGUGGUUGAAGAAGAAGUGGAAUUUCAAGGUGCACAAGCUAUGUCUACAUCAACAGGUCAAUGUUCAAGCCAUAAGCAAUCUAAAAAACUCAAAAGUAAGGGCAAACAAGCAAAUUCAGCCAUUGAUGAAGAAUUUUUGAACGUGAUUCGCUUAGUUGCUUCAAAGCAUGGGAAGCCCGAAGCACCUUCGAAACCUGAACCACCAACUUUUGAUGACUGCAUGAAUAAACUAAAAAUGCUUGGAUGGGAAGAAGAUGACCCAUUCUACGGAGUUGCCCUCGCAAUUUUUUGUGAUCCAAAUGAUCUUUAUCGCGAAGCAUGGAUGAAAAUUGAUGCAAAUCUCCUUCCAAAUUGGGUCAAAAUGAUUGGGAAGAAAUUAGGGUUUAUGUAGGUUGUUAAUUUCUUGUGUGUUUGUUUAAACGUAUUUUGGACUACAUUUGGUAUUUAUGACUCUUGUUUGUUUUUUGGAUGAAUUAUGACUCUUGUUUGUAUUUUUAUGGGAUUGCUAUUGUAUGUUUUUGUGAC